CCUAUGAUCCGUGGUUUACCUCUCCGCCGGUUAAGCUCUGGGAGGUCUACUUCAGUGACUGUUGGUGGUAUAUUGGGGAGACGUUAAGUUUUUUCCUACCGGGUGGUGGAGUUCGUUUUGUGGAAACAGCGUUGUAUUUUGACCGAUCUAAUUAAACGUAACCGAAGAUAUGUCGCCACCUCCAUAUUCCGAUCUCGGCAAAAAAGCCAAGGAUGUGUUCGGCAAGGGCUACCAUUUCGGCCUCAUCAAACUCGACUGCAAGACAAAGUCCAAUUCGGGCGUGGAAUUUAACACGGGCGGUACGUCGAACCAAGAAAACGGAAAGGUUUUCGGUUCCCUGGAGACCAAAUACAAAGUGAAAGAGUACGGACUGACAUUCUCCGAAAAAUGGAACACCGACAACACUCUGGGCACAGAAAUCGCCAUUCAGGAUCAGCUGGUGCAGGGCCUCAAACUGUCCACCAACUUGAGCUUCGCCCCGCAAACGGGGAGUAAAUCGGCUCAAGUAAAGUCCGCAUUCGUCAAUGAGAGGGUCGCGCUCAACGCAGACGUCGACCUCAACGCAAGCGCACCAAUAGUCACGGGUUCCGCCGUCGUCGGUUAUCAAGGGUGGCUGGCAGGAUACCAAGCCGGCUUUGACGCUGACAAGAAGAAACUGACCAAGAGCAAUUUCGCACUAGGGUUCACGUCGGGAGACUUCACCCUCCAUACCAACGUUGAUGAUGGGCAGGAAUUUGGCGGCUCGAUCUAUCAGAAAUUGAACCCCCGUUUGGAGACCGCCAUUCAACUGGCUUGGUCGUCAGGCAGCAACAACACCAAGUUUGGUAUCGGGGCUAAAUAUGAUCUUGAUCAGGAUGCCUCCGUGAGGGUCAAGGUCAACAACGCGAGUCAGAUAGGUUUGGGUUACCAGCAGCGCCUGCGUGAAGGCGUCACUCUGACAUUGUCCAGCCUGAUUGACGGCAAGAACUUCAAUCAAGGCGGCCACAAGGUGGGGCUGGCCCUCGAACUGGAAGCCUAAUAGCCACGCCCCCCGUUUGUCUGUUACUUACCCCCCCAGUUAGAAACCCACUUUGCAUUAUUCUCAGCCGCUGUAUUGUAGAUAUAUGUUUUACCGAGACUUUUUAGUAUUAAAAACUGAAUGUUUUCUCCAUUUUUUCUAAAAAAAAAAGAAUAAAAAUAUCCGGGUAUUUGUUUAUCGCGAGUAGCGUCGACGCCUUUCCGGGGUGUGGGGAGGGUUUCCCUUUCGUUUUUUAGAGAGGCCCCGGAAACUGGCAGGGCAAUUUUAUUACGUGUCUGACCAUUGUUGGCUACACAGCUACGACUUUUUUCGUUACACUUUUUUUUUGCUUUGGAACUGGUCCAUACUGUUACAAAAUAAAAUACUUUAUAAAUCGAAA